CCGCCGCAUGUGUGGAUGGAGCCGGGCUCCGGGUUGCAGCGGCGGGGGCUCGGCGGUGGGCUGGGCUCGGCCGGGGGCUCCCCGGGUCUCUCGGGGCCUCAGGGCCGCCGGAGGAAGCAGCCGCCGCGGCCGGCCGACUUCAAGCUGCAGGUGAUCAUCAUCGGCUCGCGGGGCGUCGGCAAGACCAGCCUCAUGGAGCGCUUCACCGACGACACUUUCUGCGAGGCCUGCAAGUCCACCGUAGGUGUUGAUUUUAAAAUCAAAACUGUAGAGCUAAGAGGAAAGAAAAUUAGAUUACAGAUCUGGGACACCGCAGGUCAGGAAAGAUUCAACAGCAUUACCUCAGCUUAUUACAGAAGUGCCAAGGGAAUUAUAUUGGUGUACGAUAUCACAAAGAAGGAGACGUUCGAUGAUUUGCCGAAGUGGAUGAAAAUGAUUGAUAAGUAUGCCUCGGAAGACGCAGAGCUACUACUGGUUGGGAAUAAAUUAGAUUGUGAAGUGGACAGAGAGAUCAGUCGGCAACAGGGAGAAAAAUUUGCACAGCAGAUAACUGGGAUGCGAUUUUGUGAAGCUAGUGCCAAGGACAACUUCAACGUGGAUGAAAUAUUUCUGAAGCUGGUUGAUGACAUCCUAAAAAAGAUGCCUUUGGAUGUUAUACGGAACGAAUUGUCCAACAGUAUCCUGUCCCUACAACCAGAGCCAGAAAUCCCACCAGAACUGCCUCCUCCGAGACCUCACGUCCGUUGUUGCUAACUUGCUGCUUCCUCCAGAGUGGAAGUGCGGAAGAGGUGGGGGGGAGGGGGAGCACCUGUCCUCCCAUGCACUACAAUCACGUGGCAGUUCCUUUGUCGCACUUUGAUCCAGAAUCAGAGCUACACACUAAUUUGUAAAUAUGCAAAUAUGCAAAACCUGGGGUAGGAUUUAGCUGUGAGUGGUUCAGUACAGCUAGUCCCACGCGCGGUUUCUUUCACUCCUCUUUCCCGGCGCUAUAAAUAUUGUACAUUUGGCUGGGGAAAAUACAGCGCUCCCAAACCUAGGAUGUAAGAAAUUAAAUGCAUACUUUACUUAUUCUGAACUUUAAAUGUUGUAAUAGUCCUUGAUAUCAACAGAAUCUCUUCUAGUAUAAUGGUGCUUUGCUAGCUUUUUUUAAAACAAAGGUUUUUUAAAAUUAGACAUUUAUAAAGCUUUCUUAAGCAGCAUUGUUUCCCCUUCUUCGAUUGACCAAGAAUUGUAACUGUUGCAUCUUAAAACGAUUGAGAGUGGGAUUCACCAAGUUCUGGCGCUGUGCAGCAUCCAUGCAGUGGCGCUUACUCAUCUGGCUCUGUGCAGGCCUCUCCGAAAUGCCUGGGGGUUGUGCGGCAGCAGAAUUUGUUGGACUAGGUUUUUUCGAACCUACAGAUGAGGAGUUGCUCAAUUUUCUUAUUUAUUAUGUAUUUUUAAUUUAAUUUUCUUUCUGUACUAAGGCACUGCUCUCAGCGCAGUUUUUAAUGGAUGAAUUGGCAACUGUCCCAAUUGGUUUCCUCCUUAAGUAUAAAUUGUGUAGUAAUUGGACUGUAAAAAAACAAAGAUAUAUUUGAAAGAUAUAAAAGAAAUCGCUGUUGUCCUAGACAAAUUAUUUUCAUUUUUAGAAUAUGACUUUUCCUUGGGUUAAGGGAUAUAUAUGUGUAUCUAUCAAUAUAAAUAGGGGAGAGGAGCUUGUUAAAAUAUACUUUUGUCCAUUGCAUUUAUUCCCAUCUAAUAUGCUGUGCUAAAGGCUCUUUUCUUUGUGUCUGAAUGAACUUGUGAACAAUUUUUUUUUUGGUAUAUCUUUUAUUAAAACUGCACUGUAUAGUUUAGCUGUGGUUAAGCCAGUAGUUACAGAUUUGAAUAACUUGAUAUGUCCUCAGUGUUGUUGUGGUAUGGAAAAGCAUUGUCGUUCUAAACUAAUGACGUGCCAAUAAAAUUUUGUAUUUAUGAAUGACAAUGGAGCAGCAUCUCAUUAGAAUGCCAAACAUCAAAUAUUGGCCAAAAAGGUAAAGUGUAGUCUGGGAAGACAAACAUUUUGAAUUCGCUCUCUAAUUUGUAAAAGCAGGAUCAAUGGAUAGACUGUAGCAAAGAGAUUAACACCUCAAAGAUCAUAGAAUAGAUCCACUGGCUUUGAAAUCUUAAAAUGUUUUUUUUUUAUUAUUAUUUCUAGUGCCUGAUUCCUUAAUCUGCUAAGGCAGUCUUCUCUUAGUGACAUGUUCCACUGACUUCCUGAGAAUUUAUCUUUAGGUUCUUGGGUAGAAUUAAGAAUGUUAAAUAAUUGUUUGCUGUUCAAGUAAAUGAAAGUUCCUACUGAUUUUGGUAUUGUGGUAGGAGAUACCUCUUUGGGUCAUUCAGUUUCAACCAAUAAAGGACGCACCAUUCAAAUUUAUUCCUAUUUCCACUACCACAACGUGCCUAUACAAGUGUCGUUCUUCACACAGACAUUGUGUGGCUUACUUUAGUGUUGACUAGACAAGGUUUGCCAUUUUUGUAGCAUUUGUAGUAAAGCUGUGGGCAAUAACAGAGGAAAGGAACUUGCAAACGAUACAUUUAAACUUGACAAACGUUUAGGCAACUUUCUGUAUUUAAAAACCUGUGUUUUUGCCUUCUGUUCUUGAAUAAAAAUAUGUAAGAAAACUCGGCCUAAAUAAAUGUUAUAUCUUACAAGGAA